CAAUUGUCUCUUUUGUUCUUCAUCUCUUCAUUGCACAAAAAGUAAAAUGUCAAUGGAGGAAGAGCUUCAUGUUUUAGCAGUAGAUGACAAUCUAAUUGACCGUAAACUCGUAGAGAGAAUCCUCAAGAUCUCUUCUUGCAAAGUGACCACAGCAGAAAAUGGGCUAAGAGCACUGGAGUACUUAGGCUUGGGAGAUCCACAACAGACUGAUUCAUUAACUACCACCAAUCAAGAAUCGUCGAAUCUAAAGGAAGUACCUGUUGUGAUAUUGUCUUCAGAGAACAUUCCUACUCGCAUCAACAAAUGUUUAGCGAGUGGAGCGCAAAUGUUUAUGCAGAAGCCAUUGAAACUAUCGGAUGUAGAGAAACUCAAGUGUCAUCUCUUAAACUGCAGAAGCUGAAGAUCUGCUUUAGACUCAAAAGCUCAUAGAAUUCUUCUUGAUUUUAUUUUUUUUAUUCUAAGAAAAAAUUAAAGAUCCCAAACGAUGGCAAAGAUUGUCUUGGUCAUCUGGAAGCACUUCCUGUUCUUUAUAGAUUUGUAAAGAAAAAUACUAAAAAACAAUAAAGAUCUCUCGCUUGAGGCAAUUUAUUUUAUGAGUUACAAUUUGUUAUUUUAGUCCGAUUGUGAGGAAUCUUGGACCGC